AUGGAAUUACAGUGCAAGGUACAAAAUUAUGAGUGGGGGAAGUUAGGACUGGAGAGUACAGUGGCAAGAUUGCUGUCUACAGCCCACCCAGACAUUGUUAUUGACCAAUCAAAGCCUUAUGCAGAGUUAUGGAUGGGAACUCACCCAAAUGGACCAUCAGUCAUCAUUGGUAGAGAUGUCUUACUCUCUGAUUAUAUCAAAGACAAUGUAGAUGCUAUUGGACCUGAUGUGAGAAAAAAGUUUGGAGUAUCUGUACCUUUUUUGUUCAAAAUACUGUCCAUAAGAAAAGCCCUUUCUGUACAGGCUCACCCUAAGAAGGACCAUGCCGAAGAACUCCACAAGAACUUCCCGGAUAUGUACAAGGAUCCAAACCACAAGCCAGAACUUGCCAUAGCUCUGACACCAUUUGAGGCCCUCUGUGGCUUUAGACCACUCAAUGAAAUCCAGUACUUCCUUAAAAAAUUACCAGAGCUUGCCAACAUGCUAUCGAAGGAAAGUGUAGACAAUCUGCUAGGACAUCAGGAACAAGGAGACAGUCAGACAUUUUUGAAACCAGUGUUCCAUUCUUUGAUGACCAGUGACAAAACUGUUGUAGCUAACACCUUGAACAAUUUGCUGGAUAGAUUGAGCAAGGAAGAUGAAAGAACACAGACGAAUCUUCUCUACACAUUGGUGCAACGGCUACACACUGACUUCCCUGGUGACGUGGGUUGUUUCUCACCGUACUUCAUGAACUAUAUGGUGUUGAGACCUGGACAAGCCAUCUUCCUCAAGCCUAACUUGCCACACGCCUAUUUGAGUGGAGAUUGCAUCGAGUGCAUGGCUUGUUCAGACAACGUGGUGCGUGCAGGGCUGACUCCCAAACAUAUCGACGUGCCAACCCUAGUUGAUAUGUUGGACUAUAGCAGUUAUGCACAGGAACAAUUGCUGUUUAACCCUCAGCUUGAAGACGGGAACUCCUGUAUAUGGAGGCCGCCUGUACCUGAUUUUGCCGUCGUCAAAAUAAGGGUGGAAAGCGGUGACUGCUACAACACUCAAAACCGAUCGAGUCCAAGCUUGAUAAUCGUCAUUUCUGGUGAGGGCGAGGUGUGUGACACUGAGCCGAUACCAGCCAAGCCUGGAGUCGUCAUCUUCCUGAAGGCCAGUCGCCAACUAACCCUCACUCCAGUGGAAGACAGCCACCUUGAAGUCUACCAGGCAAUCUGCAAUGUCUGA